CCUGUCAACCUUGUCGCAUGCGCAUUCGUCGUCUUAAACUUGUGAAUUUGUGAAGUGCAUUUGGAAACUGUACCGGUUAAAAUGAGUUCAAUUUUUUUCAAAAAUACAACUUUUAUGAACACUUUAUUAGUUAUAGUCGUAUUUAUCUGUGAAAUACUGUCAUCAGAAGUUCCUAGACCCAGAGGAGUGUCCCUAUCCCGUGCCUCUUUGUACCCAGCAGACAAAGACUUCACCUGUUUCGAUGGGAGCAAGACUAUCCCAUUUACGAGAGUAAAUGACGAUUAUUGCGACUGUUUGGACGCCAGUGACGAGCCAGGAACAUCGGCUUGUCCCCACGGGAUAUUCCAUUGUACGAAUGCGGGGCACAGACCCUUAAAUUUGCCUUCGAAUAGGGUCAACGAUGGUAUCUGUGAUUGCUGUGAUGGCACUGAUGAGUAUGCAUCCGAAACGUCGUGUCAGAAUAAUUGUAUUGAGCUGGGGCGAAGCGCCAGAGAUGCUGCGGUUCGUAAGGCUGAAUUGGUAAAGGCUGGCAAACAGAUCAGGACCGAGAUGAGUGAAAAGGGUAUUCAGUUGAAACAGGAAAAGCAAGCCAAACUCACAGAACUGCAGAAGAACAAAGAAGAAGCAGAAAAACUGAAGUUAGAGAAGGAAGCUUUGAAAAAAGAAAUCGAAGAACUAGAAAGCACAGCAUUGGAAUACUACAGAAAAUUGGAAGACGAAGAAAAACAGAAGAGGGAAGAAGAAGAAGCUCAAGCUCAAAAAGGCGAGGCCAUCGAGUAUUUCAAUAAAUAUGAUGCAAAUCAAGAUGGAUGGUUAGAAGUGGUUGAAGUGAAAUCUAGGAUAGCUUUCGACAGAGAUAAUAAUGGCGAAGUUACUGACGAGGAAGCCAAAUUUUACUUAAAUAUGCAAGAAUCUGUGGACUUAGAAACCUUCAUAAACAAAUGUUGGAAGAAUCUAAGACCUUUUGUAAUGCUAGAAACCGGUCGGUUAAAGGAACAUGACAAAGAAGAAGAAAAAAGUGAAGCCGAAGACAUGCAAGAGAGCGAUGAACAUGAAACUGAUGAGGAUAAUGAAGACCACGAUUAUGAAGAUGAGGAAGAACAAGAGCACCAAGAACCGGAGCCACCAACAACCACCGCAGCCCCACCAGCCAUCAAGUACGACGAUGAGACCCAACAACUCGUAGACCGAGCAACAGCCGCGCGCAAUGAAUACCACGAAGCCAACAGAGCCGUCGGCGAUAUCGAACGGGAAAUAACCAGAAUAGAAGAAUAUUUGGAAAAAGAUUUCGGCGCCGAAGAAGAGUUCGCAGCGCUAGAAGGCCAGUGCUUCGAUUACGAAGACCACGAAUACAUCUACAAGUUGUGCCCGUUCGACAAAACGACCCAACAGCCAAAAUCGGGGGCGUCAGACGUACGGCUAGGCACCUGGGGCCAUUGGUCCGGCGCAGAGCCCAACAAGUACGAGCAAAUGACCUACGACAAGGGUCAGACGUGCUGGAACGGUCCUCAAAGAUCCACCGUAGUCAAAGUGUCUUGCAGCGGUGAAAAUAAAGUUAUUAGUGUUUCGGAACCUAAUAGAUGUGAGUACUUCUUCGAAUUCAACACUCCGGCCGCAUGUUACGAAGCCCCUCCAUCAGACAACGAAGACUUGCAUGACGAAUUGUGAGACUUAGUGAAAUUUUUAUACGAUAGGGCCAAGUCUUUUGUUGGUAUUUUGUUUAUUCCUGAUAUUUUAUUGUGAUCAUAAUACGUAAACAGUUCUUCUGUAAUGAUUUUCACUUUUCUAAGCGUAUUUAUGGCGUUGGGAAUAUAACACGGCUCAUCUUUUCGGAAAUUUAUUAAUGCUGUGAAUGUUCAUUCAUCUACGAUUAAAUUUUUGCCACAACAUACUGGUUUCUAUGAUAGAAACUAAAAUAUGACAUAUCAUUUGGCCCCUUUUCUCUUAAUUAUUGGUCAAAGUUCCUCUAGCCGUUAUAGUUUUUGAGUCAAUGCCUUUUUUCUAGUUUUCUCACAACCAAAAGUAUAAAGUUUAAAUUUUCUACACACUUUAUAACCUAACAAUUAUAGGGCGUUCCAACAUGCUGUCAAAAUUAAAUCAAUAUGGCAGCUGGGAGGCAAACAGAAAUGUUAUUCUGUUAGUUCUUAAUGUGUUUUAGAUAACGUUUCGUUGUAAUUUUGUUUUGUACAAGGAAUAAUUUAACAUUUGCACUGGAAGGACUAAUUUUAAAAGAUAAUGCCUCAUUUCUGUUGUGUAUGGAAGUGUGGAAUGUGAAGUAACCGUGAUAAAAGUCAGUUUUGUCGAUUACCAUCAAUGCUACAUUUUAAGCAUAAAACUGAACUAAAUAAGUUAUCAUCUAAGAGACAAAAACAAUGGUUAAAUGCUAUAAAAUUUCCUAUAAAAAUGCUAAAUAACUAUGUCCAUAUUACUUACGCUUGGAAAACUGUCUCUACUGUAGGUUAACUCGGACUCCUUGGGGGAAAAUGAAUCUAUAUUAUUUAUUUUGCCAAUCUUUUGCUUGUACCUACUUACUAGCAAAAUCUGUAUUGUCUACCAACAACUUUCGAAAAUAUUCACUCAUACGUAUUUAUUUACUGGUUAAAAUUAAUAAAAUUGUGCAAGUAUUUCUACAACUAAAAACUACACAAAAUCAACAACAAAGUGUUCGGAAAAUAGAAACACAAACUAUUAAAGGUAAAAAACUUAAAAAACACAAUGUGGUACAAAUGUAAAUAAAUACUAUGUUUAUCCCCCAGCAGUGUCAUAAAUAGCCUAAUAAAAUAAAAAAAAUCAAAAUGUAAUUCCGUACAGGUUGGAAUAAAUUUUAUAUCAAAGUUUAGGAGAAUACAAAAGAUAUUUUCAAGAAAGUAUCCAAAUUAUAUGAGGGGAUCAUUGUUUAAAUAAUUAAAAAGGUGUCAUUUUUGCAAAAUAUUUACUUUUUUAACUGCUGAGGUAAUUUACAUUUUAAUGAAGAUCUUUAGGAUUUUUUCUACAAAACUGAAGGAUAAAUCUUUUAUCUAAGACUUACUUAAUUAAAUUUGACCCCCUAUUUAUUUAAAUAAUUAUGUAUAAAAUUUAAAAAUCAAAUUUGCAAAAAAAUAUUUUUUACCUCUUAAAUAAGAACUAUAAAUUAUUUUAUUUAAUAGGAGAAGUUGCGCUACGUUAAAAGUAUGAAGCAAAAAAAAUUGGUUAAAAAAUAUUUAAUAAUUUAUGAGAUAUUUAAUUUGUUUAUCAAAUGUUACUAUAUUUUCAACUGCAAAAACGCGAUUGUUACCAAAAGAAUAUAUAAACCUGUUUAAAAUCUCGUUACUUUUAUUUUUAUAUAUGUUUUCGAUAAAUGUAUUGAUAAAUUCAAAUUUCAAUUUAACUCCCCUAAAAUGACAUUUGAAAAUUGUUCUAAUUUGUUUAUAAUUUGUUUUUUUAAUAACGUCGCGGGGAUUAAAUAUUUUAAAAUGCCGUUUCGAUAAUCGGGUUCCUGGGAAUUUUUCACUAAUUAACAUUUUUUUUAAAUUUUUUUCCUUAUAGUAAAAGAUAUAGUUUUGCUUAUAAAGGGGGAUUCAUUAAGAAUGUUCAAUCUCUGAGUUGUUGAUUCUAGACCUCAAAAUAUUAAGAUUUAACCAAAAUCACUUAAAUAAAAUAUGGCUCCUUAUUGAGUUACAGGGUGUUUUAUUUAAAAAUUUAAAAAAUAUAUUUUUGCUCAGUAUUUUAAAACUAUUCGACGUAUCCUUUUCAUACUUGGUAGAAAGUGUAAGUACUAUACACCCUAUGAAAUUAUGUUAAAUACAAGUUUCCGGCUAUUACCAGAGGCGUACGACAGGGGCAGUAUAUGGUUGACCCUUCCCAAAUUCUACGGCACUGUAUAAUACUCUUAAUACACUACAUAUACUCUUUAUGUAAACACCAUCCUCUUUACUCGUAGCGAUAAAGUCAUUAGUUUUCGAGAUAUUUGAAGUUAAACAUGUAACGGCAUAGUUAUUUAGUUAUUUUGAUUAAUAUACUGUGCCGCUUAAUUUUUAGUUUCAAAUAUCUCGAAAACUAAUGACUUUAUCGUUAUGAAUAAAUAAUAUACUCUUCAGUUUUAACGAUAAAAUCAUUAGCUUUCGAGAUAUUUGAAAUUAAAAAUUAAGCGGCACAAAACAUUAAUCAAAAUAACUGUGCCGUUACAUGUUUAACUUCAAAUAUCUCAAAAACUAAUGACUUUUUCGUUACGAGUGAAGAGUAAGUUAUCUACAUAAAGAGUAUUGGAGUAUUUAAAAAUUGCGCUAAAACGAUAAUUUCGCCAGUGACGUAGAAUUUGGGAAGGGUGAACCAUUUGCUUUCCCCUGUCGUACGCCUCUGGUAAUAGCCGGAAACCUGUAUUUAACAUAAUUUCAUAGGGUGUAUAGUACAAACACUUUCUACCAAGUAUGAAAAGGAUACGUCGGAUAGUUUUAAAAUACUGAGCAAAAAUAAUUUAAAUAAAACACCCUGUAACUCAAUAUGAGCCAUAUUGUAUUUAAGUGAUUUUGGUUAAAUCUUAAUAUUUUGAGGUCUAGAAUCGACAACUCAGAGAUUUGACAUUCUUAAUGAAUCCCCCUCUAUAAGCAAAACUAUAUCUUUUACUAUAAGGAAAAAAAAAGAAGAAAAAACGACAAAAAAAAUUUGUCAAUUAGUGAAAAAUUCCCAGGAACCUGAUUAUUGGAACAGCAUUUCAAAAUGUUUAAUCCCAGCGACGUUAUUAAAAGAACAAAUUAGAACAAUUUUCAAAUGUCAUUUUAGAGGGAGUUAAAUUGAAAUUUGAAUUUAUCAAUACAUUUAUCGAAAACAUACAUAAAAAUAAAAGUAACGAGAUUUUAAUCAGGUUUAUAUUAUUUUGGUAACAACCGCGUUUUUGCAAUUGAAAAUAUAGUAACAUUUGAUAAACAAAUUAAAUAUCUCGUAAAUUAUAAAAUAUUUUUUAACCAUUUUUUUUGCUUAAUACUGGUAACAUAGCGCAACUUCCCCUAUUAAAUAAAAUAAUUUAUAGUGCUUAUUUAAUAGGCAAAAAAUAUUUUUUUGCAAAUUUGAUUUUUAAAAUUUAUACAUAAUUAUUUAAAUAAAUAGGGGGUCAAAUUUAAUUUAGUAAGUCUUAGGGGAAAUAUUUGUCUUUCAGCUUUGUAGAAAACAAAUCCCUAAAAACCUUCAUUAAAAUGUACAUUACCUCAGCAGUUAAAAAAGUAAAUAUUUUGCAAAAAUGACCCCUUUUUAAUUAUUUAAACAAUGAUCCCCUUAUGUGAUUUGGAUACUUUCUUGAAAAUAUCUUUUGUACUCACCGAAACUUUGAUAUAAAAUUUGUUCCAACCUGUAUGAAUUUACAUUUUGAUUUACAUGUAGUGUAGUCUUAUUUUACUAGACUAUAAAUAAAUUCAAUGUUUGUCUCCCAGCAGUGUCAUAAACGCCAAAGUCUUGAAAUGUCCCAUUACCCAACCUAAAAUGGUUUAAUGUGCUCUUGAUCAAAAAUAAGAAGACUCGAUCGGACUUUUUGUUUUAUUUGCUAAUUUAAAAAUUUCCUUAACUUUUUCUGCUACAAUACCAAAAUUGUGUAUGUUGUGCUAUCUAUUUUAAGAUCUUUAUAAUUUCGUCCAUUUUUAUUCGAUAGAGAACUAGAUAAUGUUUUUUGAGAGUAUUUUCAAGAUGAAUUAUUAUUAUUUAUUUAUAGUUAAUUUACAAAGUAUUAUACAAACAAUUGUUCUCUGGCGAAGAUCAACUUAAGCUGUGUUAUAUUUCCAAAUUUUUCGUCUCCAUUGAAGUCUCCAUCAGAGGAUGGAAAAUAUACAUUAAUUUAGAUUUUGAUUUGGUAGGAGAUUCACAGUUUAUUUCCAGGUUUUAUAAGACUUAUAUUUAUUAAAGAUACAGUAGGUAAAUUUGUUAAAAAGGUGUAAAAUAUCAUUAAAUAAAACGACUGUUUUUAA